AUAUGGUCCAGAGCACAGGGUGCCCAGUGUACUGCACACAUUGUAAACAAUGUGAACUCUUAGUUUAUUUUGUUUAAUAGUGGGAUCAAAUCAAUGAAAUUGCCUUUGAAUUAAAUAGAUUACACGGAAAGGAUUCCUAAAUUAUUAAUGAUUGCUCUCAUAACCAUAAAGUGUCAUACAAGCGAAACUGCUUAAGUAGUUAAACAGGGAUAAUGGCGAAAAUAUGUCGUGUUUGCCUGGAUAGUUCCGGUAGAUUUAUCAAUAUAUUUGACGCCAGAGGAAAGACCAAAACUUCCAUUGCCGAGAUGAUCGCACAGUGCACUGGGUUUGAGGUCAAACGUGGCGAUUUGUUGUCGGAGAUGAUAUGUCCACCGUGCUUGGAGGAUGCGAAAAGCGCGUAUUUGAUAAGGCAAAGCUGCGAGAAAAGCCACCAGUUCUACUGCCGAGUUCGGGAUGAAGGUAUGGAGGAGGCAUUAUGCGCCUUGCUCGAAGAAGAGGACUGGGAGAUUUCGGAAGACGAAGAUGCGUGGAUUGGAUCUGCAUCCGAUGAUGACGACGAUGGAAAAGUCGACAGCAUGGAGAUAGUAUUCGAAUGUCGCGAAUGCCCCAAGAGAUACAAGCGAAGGGGAUCGUGGAUGAGGCACAUGAGAACGCACAUGGACGGACAAUCCUUUCCCUGUCCCUACUGCAUGCAGAACUUUAGAUUUAGGAUAACUCUCAAGGCGCAUAUGAAAACCCACAAUUCAGCAAAACCCUACGAGUGCUCCCACUGCUCGAAGACCUUUGCGCAGCAGUCCACCUUGCAGUCGCAUGAACGAACACACACUGGCGAGCGGCCAUACAAGUGUUCGCAGUGCUCCACAACCUUCAUUAAAUCCUCAGAUCUCCAGCGUCACAUCCGCACACAUGCCGGUGAAAGACCCUUCAAGUGUUCCAAGUGCACGAAAACAUUUACGAGGAAAUUUCACCUUCAAAACCAUCUCCGUUCUCACACUGGGGAACGACCAUUCAAGUGUUCCCACUGCUUGAAGGCCUUUGCUCUUAACCAGCACCUCAAGGUACAUAUUCGCCUUCACUCACCAGAUCGUCCAUUUCGCUGCUCCAACUGUCCCAAGACAUUCCGACUGAGCAGCACCCUUAGGGAGCACAAUCUCGUACACAGUUCUGAAAGGACCUUUAAGUGUCCUCACUGUUCCAGGUCCUUUAAGCAGAGAAAAACACUUGCUAGACAUAUUAACGGGGUACACAAAUGACCUCUACGAUUUUCUUAGAUGAUAAAAUACAAUUACAUAUUCGUUGGUAUUGUAAGACCAAGGUAUAAAACUAGUUUGUAAGGAAUAUACGUCUUUUGAUAUUUUUAU